CGCGGCCACCGCUCACUCCCCCCGUGACGGGCGUCCCGGCGGCACAGGGCAGCGCCGGGGGCCUCUGCGCCGCCGCAGCCCGCCCGGCCCUCGGCACGGCCCCGCCGCCCCGCCACCGCCAUGAGCGGGCCCUACCCGGAGGAGAGCUGCGCUGAGCGCCCCGAGUGCAAAAGUAAAUCGCCAACUUUGCUGUCCUCCUACUGCAUCGACAGCAUCCUGGGCCGGCGGAGCCCCUGCAAGGUGCGGCUGCUCGGUGCCGCGCCCAGCCUGCCGGCCAUCGCCGCCCGCCCCGACGCCGAUAAGGCCGCGCAAGGGUCCCCCAAGGGCAGCCCUCCCUUCGAGCCGGCUGAGCUGCACCUUCCCCCCAAACUGCGCCGGCUCUACGGGCCGGGCGGGGGCCGACUGCUGCCGCCGCGGGCGGCCGGGCCGCGGGGGGACCGUCCGGAGGGGCGGCCGGAGGGGGGCGCCGGCCCCGUGCCCGCCGCCGCCCCGUGGGACACGCUGAAGAUCAGCCAGGCCCCGCAGGUCAGCAUCAGCCGCAGCAAGAGCUACCGAGAAAACGCUCCCUUCGUGUCGCCGCCGCCCGCCCGGGACGAGCUGGGCAGCCCCGCCGCGCACGUCGAGGAGCGGCCGGGCCCCGCCGCGCCGGCCGCCGAGGAGGAGGAAGAGGAGGAAGAGGACGAAGAGAUGCUGGAAGAGGAGGACGAGGAGGAAGAAGAGCUGGAGGACGACGAGGAGGAGGAGCUGCUGGGCGAGGACGGCGGGGGGCUGCUGAAGGAGGCUCGCCGGGGCACCGCCGCGGCCCCCGGGGCGGAGGGCAGGGAUCUGUCCCCCAAGGAGGAGCUGCUGCUGCACCCCGAGGACGGCGAGGGCAAGGACGGCGAGGAGAGCGUCUGCCUCUCGGCCGGCAGCGACUCCGAGGAGGGGCUGCUCAAGAGGAAGCAGCGCCGCUACCGUACCACCUUCACCAGCUACCAGCUGGAGGAGCUGGAGAGGGCCUUCCAGAAAACCCACUACCCCGACGUCUUCACCAGGGAAGAGCUGGCCAUGAGGCUCGAUCUGACCGAAGCCCGAGUGCAGGUAUGGUUCCAGAACCGUAGGGCUAAGUGGCGGAAGAGGGAAAAGGCUGGGGCUCAGACACACCCCCCAGGUUUGCCUUUCCCUGGUCCCCUGUCAGCAACUCACCCCCUCAGUCCAUACCUUGAUGCUAGUCCUUUCCCUCCUCAUCACCCAGCUCUAGACUCCGCCUGGACCGCCGCCGCCGCCGCGGCCGCCGCCUUCCCCAGCCUGCCGCCGCCGCCCCCCGGCUCCGCGGCGCUGCCCCCCGGCGGGACCCCGCUCGGCCUCGGCACCUUCCUGGGCGCGGCCGUGUUCCGCCACCCGGCCUUCAUCAGCCCCGCCUUCGGCAGGCUCUUUUCCACCAUGGCCCCCCUGGGCAGCGCCUCCAGCGCUGCCGCCCUCCUGCGGCAGCCGGCGCCGGCCCCCGAGGGCGCGGUGGGCUCGGCGGGGCUGGGGGACCCGGCCAGCGCCGCCGCCGACCGGCGGGCCUCCAGCAUCGCCGCCCUGCGGCUGAAGGCCAAGGAGCACGCCGCCCAGCUCACCCAGCUCAACAUCCUCCCCGGGAACAGCACCGGGAAAGAGGUGUGCUAAGGCCCGGCUGCGUCCCGGGGCGCGGCUGGGCUGUGGAGGGAGAAGGGAGAGAGAGGGAGAAGGGAGAGUAAAUACACGGAUAAAGAAAGGUCACCUCAGACAGCACGAAUCAAGACCAAACGGGGCGGGGGGGGGGGCGGGAGAAUAACAGUAAUUUGGGGGGGAAGGGAGGGGGAACCAAACACAAGAGGACCAGCAGCUGAGUCUGCGGUGGGUUCUCGAGGUGGGAACGCGGAGACAGCGAGCGCCUCUCGCAUCAGCCCUCACACGAGUGAGCCGACACUUGGCGGCUCCUCGGAAAGUAACUCCUUGGCUGGUACAUUUCUUAAAUGUACGGCGUGUUCAAUUCCUCUCCGAGUAGUCAGAGGUAAAAAAAAGAGGAAAAAAAAAUCCCUAAUAAAAGUUAUUCUAUAUUAGUGUCACCUACACGGAAUAUUUUUCCUUCUGUUUAUCUGGCAAGAAAAAAAUUAAUGAAGAAAGAAAAAAAAUUGUAAUUAAGAAAGGGGGGGGGGAAAAAAAGGCAAGCAGAGCAAAGGGAGGGGGGAAAGGUACCCAAAUCUUCUUAAAACCCCAUCUGGGAUGAUGUGAGGUUGGUCUGGUAGGAGCACUGGAGAAUGUGUUAUGUGUGGCUGCGGCGAGCUGCGUGCGCUCCCCGAGGGGGCUGAAAGUCCGUCUGAUGCUGUGGGAUGAACCAGUGCACUUAAGAGGAAGGGUCUGUCUUUUUUUUCUCGUUAUAUUCUUUAUCACUACACCAACCAAGGGUUUUAUAGCAAACCAAAGGGAAAUACACUGCUAGAAUAUGGACUGUUGAAGUCACUAAACUGUGAUUAUUGAUUCUGUACAUACCGUUGUUAUAAAAAAAGAAAAAAAAAAAGAACAGAGCUUUGUAUAUUUGAAAUGUUAUAAAACAAUUGCACUCAGUGUAGUGUUGUAAAAGUUUGUCAUUCUGUAGAUUCUUACUGUGUUGUAGAUAUCCUAUAGGGCUCCUAGACAAAUAUUUAUGUACAAACCCUUUAUUUAACUUAUUAACUGUAGAGGUUUCUGAAACCCUCAAGAGGCGAUGGUACAGUAC